AGAAGCAGGCUGAAAAAUGUAUGUGCACCCCUGGCAUAUUCGAACACACUGGAGUAUAGUUUACAAAAGCAAAUGACUUGGGUGUGGCGUGAGUGAUCUCUGACCAGGUACGUCAUCCGUCAUACGUCAUCCAACACCAGGAUAAGUUUUGUGUAAAGCAGACAACGUUACAUCUCCACAUCUGCAUUCAAUGGCUCUCAUAAAGAGCUCUGCACCUGAACCCUUAAUUAAACCGUGACAAAGUUAAAACAGAUUAAAGCCAGUUGUAUUGUCGUUGGUAAUCUCUCUUUUUUGCGGUCUAUUUGACAUUCAGUCCAUGAAGUGAACAAGGACACAAACAGAGGAAUAAUGAAGUUUCAAAAUAUUAACACUUUACUUCUUGUGUUGGCUUGCAUCUCAGUUACUGGACUAAUUUUUUGGGUCUACAACUCUACCUCAUUCAGAUAUAAAGAGAUAAGAAUAUGUACCAACCUAACAAAAGAGCACCAGGAAAACUCGAAAUUGCAAUCACCACAAGGGCUUUCAUACAAUCAGCCCAGUGUAGUUGGCCCCGAUGGCAAAGUUAUUGCCAUGACACCAUGGUUGGCCCCAAUUGUAUGGGAAGGAACUUUUGAUUCAUUCCUGAUUGAGUCGAUCUACAAACAACAAAACAUCACCAUUGCAACUACAGUCUUCGCUCUUGGAAAAUACACGCAGUUUCUUAAAGAUUUCCUGGAGACCGCAGAGCAGAAUUACUUUGUUGGAUUUCGUGUGCAUUAUUACGUGUUCACCGAUCUUCCGGAACAGGUUCCUUCAGUGAAACUGGGUGAAGGACGUCAACUGAAGGUGUUGAAAGUGGCUAGUUCUAACAGAUGGCAGGAGAUCACUUUGCGCAGGAUGGAAAAGCUGGAGAAACUGAUCGAAAGUCGAUUGUUGAAUGAAGCCGACUAUGUUUUCAGUCUUGAUGUGGACACAAAGUUCUACGGGCGAUGGGGCGCAGAGUCUUUGGGUCGUCUUGUAGGUGUGCUACAUCCUGGUUACUAUCAAACACCACGUGAACAGUUCCCAUAUGAGCGCAGGCCCGAGUCUCAAGCGUUCAUUCCUUAUUCUGAGGGUGAUUAUUAUUAUGGAGGAGCUGUGAUCGGUGGCUUAGUGAAAGAUGUGCAUGAGGUUGCUAAAACCUGCCGGGAGCAGCUGGACAUUGAUGCAGCUAAAUCCAUUGAGGCGGCAUGGCAGGAGGAGUCUCAUUUGAACAAGUACUUCCUCUAUAACAAACCCAGCAAGGUGCUAUCAUCAGAAUACCUGUGGCAGGACUUCAAACCUCACACAAACGAAGUCAAAAUCAUUCGCUUUUCUCAAGUUAUUAAAAACUAUGCCGCAGUUCGUCCAAACCCAUAAUAGCUGUUAACUGAAAUAUACAUAUUUAUGUACUUUAUAUGUAAUUCGAAUGAAAAGGCAUUUAUGUAAAUGUAACUGAUGUUCUUGAUUGGCGAACAAAUCCUGUGGCCAAAUAUUUUUUCCUCUGGUAUUGUAUUCAUCAACAUUUGUACUGCUACUCUCAAAGGUCAUUUGCAGGAAAACAGUUUUACAAUUAAAUGGAAUCAAUGAGAGAUAAAACAGUCUAUCAUUAUUGUUAUAUGUCAACAGCAUGAAUGGACUAUCAGAUUUAACCACUGCCAGAAAGAGUAGCCUACUGAUCCAAGAUGCUGGUUCAUACUCGCUUAUCAGUACUUUUGCAAAGAUGAAAGCGAAGGCAAAGAAAAGGUGCUUUGCGCAUCAAAAACCAACAAUGCUGAAAGAUUUGAAUAAUGUGUUCCAUUUAGUCAAAAUAAACAUGAUCUAACAUUGGACGUGAAGUAGCACUGGGAGUGUCUUCUUGUAUAUAACAAAUUCUGAAUAUUUUGUAUGUUUGUGAGAGAUUGUUUCCCAUUUAUUCUAAUUUUCAUCACCCUGGAUUUUGGUCAUGUGUGUUCUGUCUGUAAUGUACAGUAUGUGUUUUAUAACCCUUAUGUGGUUCUCACCAAACUCUUGGUGUUAAAAUAAAAUCAGAACAACU